AUGAAGACGACGAACGCCCGCGGCCAGGCUUUCAAGACACCUCUUCCUCAGCAGACAGCCAAGCCAGAGAAGACGUUGAAGAAGGCCUCGACCGGCAGGCGUUCAGCCAAAUCGAAGAUUGUGGUUGCGCCAACAGAGCCCGUAAAUGCGGAUGUGUUGAAGGAACUCGAGGAGCAAGACGAUGAACCAGAUUUCGGAUACGCCCCGCCACCUGUUGCCGACCUUCCUGACCCACCGAUAGACUUUGGCUACGAUGACACUUUCCCGCAAUUUCAAGGCAAAAACUUCUUCAAUGGAUAUGGAGAGAUCUACUGCACAUCACCAACGGAUGACAAUGGCGUUUCACUUCGGCAGAAGAAAUUGGCGAGACAGCAGAAGCUCAAAGAAGAGAUGGAGGCAAAAGCUUCCGAGCCCAUAGUGUUUCCAAAGCUACCCACAGAUGAGGAGCUGGACGCAGAAGUCGAUCAGAUGCUUGCGGCCGGGCCAAAGUCGCGACUGGACACAGCCAAAGCCAGAUCAGCCGCUUCGGUCCUGUCAGAGCCUGGGAUCAGGCUUCCUUCGGCUGCGUUGAAAGGCACAAAGGCCUCUGAUCAGAAGCGGAAACCACUCAGCAACAUCACCACAUCGUCUCCAGCGCCAUCUUCAGUAUCGAAGAACACCAUUGGAUUCCCGAAGGCUAGGAAGGCACCUUCAAUUCUUCCCGCGGCGGAUCAAAUACGCCAGAAGAAAGUGGCUUCCAAGCCCAUUCCGAUUGAGCAAUCUUCAAUCCACCCGAGAGACUUCGUCCAGCUCUAUGGUCAACCACCGAUCGGAAGUAGUAUGUGGGAUCGCUUGAAACAAUAUGAGCUUCUGGAAGAGCAAGACAUCGCCAACGGAGUUUCAGACACGCUAUUUGACACCGACUUUCUUGGAGCCGAGGAGCCAGAUCUCGCUUUGAAAGACGAUGGGGUGGUUUUUCAGCUAAAUACGCCGGAAGACUGA